AUGGGUCAAAUAGCACAACAAUUAGCCUCGAUUUCUCAAGCACAAGGUGCUCUACCUAGUGCAACUCUGACAAAUCCUAGAGAGCAUAAUACUGUGAGUGCUGUGACAACAAGAAGCGGUAAAUCUCAUGAAGUACUUGAGGAGACAGCUGAAGAGAAAGAUCAAUUGAUCGAAAUGGAUCUUAAGAUCAAAGAAAAUGAAGCUGUGAGGGAAGAAUUGGUUGCACCAAAACAAGUGGUGAAACAAAAAGUCGUUGAGCCUAAGCCGGUCAUUAAGCUUCCUUUUCUCACAAGAAACAAGAAAAAGGGGCAACAUGAGAAAUGUUUUGAGAAGUUCCUAGAAUUGUUCAAGAAGCCUGAAAUUAACAUUCUGCUUUUGGAAGAACUUGAACAAAUGCCUACGUAUGCGAAGUUCAUGAAGGACAUCAUUUCAAAAAGGCGUACCAUCGGCACCAACCUGAUUAUUCUAACCGAAACUUGUAGUGCUAUUUUGCAGGGUAUGAAGAUCCCAAUGAAAAAGAAAGAUCGAGGAGCUAUCACUAUUCCUUGCACCAUUGGAGAUAAGUCAUUCAAAAAGGCUCUUAUUGAUCUAGGAGCCAGUGUGAGUCUCAUGCCGUUAUCCAUUUACAAGAAGUUGGGUAUAGGGGAUGUGCAAGAUACCAGGAUGACACUCUAA